UUUCUCCUCACCAGAACGAUUUAUUUAUAACGAGCCCUAAUUGUAGGCAGCAUUUCACCCCCAGUGGAUGAACCGACAAGUCGAGGAACCAUGUUCUACUGAAAAAUAAUUUUUUUAAUAUCUUGCAAUACCGCAUUUUCAAAAUCAAGAGGCGAAAUAAUUAAAUGAAAGACGUUUCUAGUCCCUCGCCGCAUUUUUUAUGCCAAAAUGGAUUUGCAUGGUGACCACGACAACGUCAAUCCACAUCUCACCGUUUCACUUCCAGAGAUUUUGGCCAGGAUUACCACCUUCCUCCCCAAGUCGGACCUCCUCUCAUGCACGUGGAUCAAUACCACGUGGGAGCACGAAAUCCGGAAACGCCUCCUCCCAUUAUCCCGCCUUUUCCUCACCCCACAAGAUCUCACCCAGGCCCACAACAUCAUUACUACACGAGGAAACUGCCCUCAUACUUUUCGUCUCCAUAAAUUCGAGUAUAUCGCUCAAAUUCGUGAAAUUAUAUGUGGUCACAAAGUAAAAAUUCUGAAGACAGAUUUCGUCCUUCCGAACUCCUCGUGGUCCGAACAUUUGGAAUCUUUGGCAAAAACCUUCCCAAAUCUGACCACGCUCAAGUUAUGCGUAUCCCUCUGGCCCUGGGACGAAAAUUCCGUCGACGAGUCUGAACUCCCGCCAAAAACGGGAACUUUCUUCGUAAAAGUUAAAACACUCCAGAUCAGCUCGUACGGAGUUCUUGAGGAUGAAGAUAUCGCCCAAAUCGAGACCAUAUUUCGCACAAUAACACCCCAAUUCAUGCCCUUAUUCCCUAAUUUGAACUCCCUCUCCUUCCUCGGCAGUAGUCAACCCGUCAUGGAAACCUUGCUCGAGUUCACGCCAACUUUGACCUCUUUGACCUUGAUAAAUACCGGUAUUGAGGUCCCCAUUAAGCCGACUUUUAGUCAUCUAACAUGCCUUGAAUUGGGUGAUGAAACCGUCACAUAUUCAUCAGGUUUCUCCAAUUUGCUCAAAAUUACGGCGGGAACUUUGGAAAAGGUCAAAUUCUCCGAGAUCCACAAUAUUACUCCGUUCGAAGUCUUCUGCAAUUUCGUUUAUGAUGCCAUAGAUUUUCCCAUAAUGCCAAAAUUAAGGGUUUUCGAAUUUGCACAAAAUCAGUGUACGGAUCGGGACGAGUAUAAAAAUUCGGUAGUUAUGCCCCGGAUAGGUUUCCGGUUUGAGGGGGGUGACCCCACGAAGAUAUUGAAUUACGAGGUUCAAUUCCCUGUCCUGGAGACGAUCCGGAUUUCGAAAGCAAAACCGGAAAUGAUUGAUGAUACGGAAAAUAUAUUGACGGAGCGUGAAUAUUUUGAAACCAGCGUGUCAUUUUUGUACAGGUUUUUCCUACACGAAAGUAACUGGCAGGGUUUAACUUUGAAACGGUUGGAUGUCCCGUUCCCGCCCGGGGACAGGUUUAGAGUCGUGACGGAAACGGAUUGUGAGUGCGGGAGGGGGGAUUACGGUUCUUGCGAGUGUUUUGAGUGGAGGGAUUCGUCCGAAUUUUGGGACCGGGUAGCUGCCAUUUUUCCGAAUUUGGGGAGAUAUCAAGGCAUCGGGGGAAUUUAGUAGGGGUCAAAAUUUUGUUGAAGGUUGAAGUACUGGGUGUGAUUAGUGGAGAAGUUUGGUUAUAUUAAAUAGAAGACGGGAAUAAAUGUGGAUUUGAAAAUAUUUAAACAUAUGCAGCAAAGUGUUUUUUGAGUUGUCUGAAAUCUGCAAAAUAAGAAAUUUCUUCGAUAUAAAUUAUGUAAAUAUUUACAGUAAAAUAUUUGUAUGUAGAUCAUUGUAACUUUCAUUCUUCAAGUUUUUGGCUAAUUAUUGCUUAGUUUAUUUGCUCUUUGUAAAUAUACCGUGUCGCCAUGGUCAAGAAAUAAAGUCAAAAUUUUAUUACAGGAUUGUACUAAUUAAUA